AAUUAUUUUUUUUAUAUCAGUAGCUCGUUUGAAUAGUCUGUACUGAAACAGUAAACUACAAAGAACACGAAUCAGCUGCGAACUGUCAAAUUUUUGUAUUGUUACACAUUCGUUAACAUUUAUAACUUGUUUAACUUGAAAAUAUUAGGGAAACAGGUGAUGCACAAUGUCUCCUGACCCUACACAAGAACCCAUCGAGGAAUCAUUAAAUAUACCAAAUUUACCUCUUGAUAGAGGUAUGAAUGCAUCGGAUAGUGAAGAUGAUGAUAUAGGAAUGGCAGGAUAUAUACCACUAUCUCAGGUUCCUACUGACAGUGAUCCGAUGUUGUAUGAUGACGAAGAUGAUGAAUGGAUAACUAACGCAGCUGAAACUAAUCAAACAUUGAGAUCCCCAAUAUUGGAAUCACAGAAUGACUGUAUGUCAGAAACAAUAGAAGUUUGGUCAUCUCCUCACAAUCGAUCUAACAUAGAUAUGGAUGCAGAUAAAAUCAAUCAAGUGAAAUCUAUGAUGGCAUCUUUUACUUUACCAGUUACAGCAAUUCCAGAAUGGGCAAAAGCUAUAUCAGAAGAACAAUGGAAGGAACAACUUAUUGGACGUAUUAAAGAAAUGCAAAAUAGAGAAAAAUAAAUUUAAAUAUUUCUUAAUUAAUUCUUUUAUAUAAAAUUAUGUAUAUAGAUUAAUACAAAUUAAAGCAAUCUUCUUUUUCAAGUUAUAAAUUUGUUAUCCAUUAAUAAAUGUUAAAUUUCCAAAUAAGCAAAGUUAGUGUAUACAUUUAAUUGUAUACAGUAGACAAAUCUGAUAUCAUGUAAACUGUAACAAAUAAAAAUAUUUAUUUUAUCUUAAUUAAA